UGUAAAAAGCUCGAGAGACUGGGACUGGUAAAUGAUAAAAAAUGUCCUAUAAAAUAACCUUAGCAAAUCUGUGACAAGUUUUGCAAAAUUUAUGGCAUUUCAGCAUACACAAUUCUUUAAUCCGCUGCCUGAACUCUCUGAUCCUGACUGGUUCUCUUUAAAUGAAAGAGAAGAUGAUGAUUUGUUGCUUACAAAUGAAGAAAAUGAAUAUAAAUUAAUGAUGAAAGAGAUUGCUGAUAAAGGAUAUGAUCUUCUUUCUAUUGGAGAAACAAAAAAUGGAUCAGAGAUUGCUGGUGAUGAAGAUUUAGAAGAAGAUGAAGAGUCUGCAGAAGUUAUUGAUGAUGAAACUGAUGACUAUGAUGGUGUCAGUCCCGAUACUGGAGCAGUGAAUCUUAAUCAAGAGAUUGACAUGGAUGAAAGUGCAAACAUGAUUACAAAUGGUCAAGAUGCACCAAAUCCUUGGGUUUAAACAAAUAUAUUCCAAAUAAGAACUUGAAUUUUUGCCUUUAGAUGUUUAAUAAUUUAAUAAAGAUUUUUCUUAUGAUACAUUUUAUUGAAAAAUUACCUUUUUACAAAAGAUAUUAUGCAAACAUCAUUUUUUAAAUUAAAUCAUUAUUGUACCGAUUUGUAUCCAAAUAUCAAAUCAUUUGCAUAAGCCUUGAUAUCAUAUUAAAUACAUUGUUUUUAUUUGA